AUGCAACAGUUCAAUUACUUGCUCUUUCUACUAUCAAUAUGUUUUCUGCCUCUAGCAGAAUGUGGCUUUUUCUGGAAACUCAAGCAAGUCACCGUGACUGUUACAGCUUCUUGUCCCCCAGCCUCUAAUCCCACAUGUGCUCCCUGCCCCACCACCGUGACCGUUACGUCUAAUAGUCCGUUUUUAUCGUCAACUGAGCUGGCUUCUACGCCUAGUGGCACCGCCCCCGGUCUCACCAGUGGUCCCAGCUCACCCCAGUUUACUGGCCCGACCUACCCUUGCGUCUCCAACAUCCCUCAAGGACUUAGUUACUACGGCACCGCACAGCAGUGUGCAGCCUAUUGCAACACUGUCGUCUCGCGAAUUAAUGCCUGUAAUGGUGAUCAGAGCUGUAUUUGUGGCUUGACUUCUUUCGAAGUUGCCCUAUAUCAGUGCGAGAUCUGCCGAACUUACUACUUGAAUUCUGAGGUUACGCCCGAUCAAAAUGUUUUGCCUCCAGUCCUCAGCAGUGUUGACACUUAUUACAAAUGGUUCAUUCAGCAAUGCAAUUACGCUACACAAUCUGCUUCAGUCUGCUUCCCGGCUUCUACCCCACCAGCGACGGCAACGGUUACGACCAUUAUCCCAGGUACUACUAUCCCAGGGUACACAAGGAGUGGAACUGUUAUCCCUGGGACAACUGUUUCAGCUAUGACAACUAUUAUUACCGUUUUCCCUGGUGUUGAUGUGCCCGGUUAUACGCAGCCAGGACAGGUGCUACCUGGUCAGACCAUUCCUGGUUACACUCUUACUGGAGGUGAAAACUCACCACUAACUAUUACCAGGACGUACACAAAUGAGGUUCCGCCAAUCACUGUUCCUGGAGUUACUCUUGGUACAGUAAUAAUCCCUGGAACUACCUGGGGAACAACCCAGUACAUUACAACAACUGUGACUGGCCUACCUGGACAGGUGAUCAGCCCGCCGGCUUUCCCACCUAUCUCUCCCCCAGGUUUCCCCACAUAUCUUUUGUCAACUUUGUACAGAACAGUACCAGGUACCACAAUUCCUGGAACAACAAUCCCUGGUACCACAAUUCCUGGAACGACAGUUCCUGGCACUACGAUCCCGCCGCAGACGGUUCCACCACGAACAAUCACCGUUCUUGUGCCCACUGGUAUGCCUACAAGUGGUACACCUGGUGAGAACACAACGCCAAACAGCCCUGAAAACACAUCUCCUGGCAGCCCUGGUGAAAGUCAGACUGUCACCAUUACUCGUAUUACUCCUGGUACUACGAUUCCUGGUACUACGAUUCCUGGCACUACUGUCCCUGGCACUACGAUUCCUGGCACCACCAUUCCUGGUACUACUAUUCCUGGCACCACUGUCAUUGUUACGUCGGUUAUUCCACCAGGUGAAACACCUCCUCCAGCGGUCACCACAGAGUCACCUCCUAGCAGCCCUGAGAACACAUCUCCUAGUGAAAGUCAGACUGUCACCAUUACUCGUAUUACUCCCGGAACCACCAUUCCUGGUACUACCAUUCCUGGCACUACUGUUCCAGGUACAACUAUUCCUGGCACCACGAUCCCUGGUACCACUAUUCCUGGUACCACGGUUAUUGUUACAUCUGCCAUUCCACCAGGUGAAACACCUCCUCCGGCGGUCACUACAGAGGCACCUCCUAGCGGCCCUGGUGAGAACACACCUCCAACUGGCCCUGAGAACACAUCUCCUAGUGAAAGUCAGACUGUCACCGUUACUCGUAUUACUCCCGGAACCACCAUUCCUGGUACUACCAUUCCUGGCACUACUGUUCCAGGUACAACUAUUCCUGGCACCACGAUUCCUGGUACCACUGUUCCUGGUACCACUGUUAUUGUUACAUCGGUUAUUCCACCGGGUGAAACACCCCCUCCAGCAGUCACUACAGAGUCACCUCCUAGCGGCACUGGUGAGAACACACCUCCAACUGGCCCUGAGAACACAUCUCCCAAUAGCCCUGAGAACACAUCUCCAACUGCUCCUGAGAACACAUCUCCCAGCAGCCCUGAGAACACGUCUCCCAGCAGCCCUGAGAACACGUCUCCUGGCAGCCCUGGUGAAGGUCAGACAGUUACCGUAACUCGCAUCAUUCCUGGAACCACCAUUCCUGGUACUACCAUUCCUGGUGUGACAUCGCCUGGCAAUACGAUUCCUGGCACCACUAUUCCUGGCACCACGGUUCCUGGCCAAACCAUCAUUGUGACAUCAGUAAUUCCGCCAGGUGGCAUGGUUCCCCCAGCACUGAGUACAGAGAGUCCAGGAGCUCCCAAUCCUACAGGCACGCCUGCACCUCAGCCAACUGGGACUUCACCCGCUGAGACUCCUGGGACUACUCAACCUCCUGAGACCUCUGAGACUCCAGCUCCCUCUCAGACUGUGUCUGUCUAUACCUCUGUGACCGUAUUCCCUGGUUUUACUAUUCCGGGUACGACCAUCCCUCCCCGCACUUUGGGUGGUGUCACUGUUCCUCAAACAGUGCUUCCAGGAGUAACCCUCCCUCCACAAACCAUCACACAGGUUAUUACCGAGAUAUUUACUGGUCCACCCGGUGGCUUGGUUCCUCAAACAACGAUUCUGCCACCAAUUACUCUCCCCGGACAACCUGGGUUCCCUGGACUGACAAUUACUGGUCACGUCAUUCCGCCCAUCACACUACCAGGAAUCACGUACAAUGGAAACACUAUUCCUGGAAUUACACGUACGUUUACGAUCCCUGGAUUCACAAUUACUGGUGAGAAUGUUCCUGGUGCGACCGUAGAGGGUACAACGAUUCCUGAGGUUGUAUCAACUGAACAGCCGGCAACCACACCCCCCGCAACUUUCCCCAAUAUGCCGCCUAUUCAAUCGCUCAUUCCUCCCAAGCAGUCUGAGACCAUUACUACAGUGCCACCUAUUGCUACGAACUCCAUCCCGACCUCGUCGCUUUCAGUGCUGACUCGUAGUGAUAUUAUCAGUGUCAUUACCCAGACACCGACCAUGACAGCUCAAGUGAGUCCCACUGGUCCUUGCAAGCCUUACGGCCCGAACAAUAAGGUUCCUCAACCCGUUUGGGGCUUCUGUGUGAAAGGCUGUUUUGUUGAUUUCAACAGCUGCCUGCUGAGACUGGGAAUCUUUGGCAAGCUAACAUGCUUGCACGAGCUUGCUCAAUGCAAGUGCGCCAACGGCCUGAAAAUUUGCUGCAACAUUAUUUCAUAUCUCUAA